UUAGUCAUGGGAAUCAAUGGUGGGAUGUUGGGAUCUUUGGGGGUGACUGGUUGUUAGGAGAUGGAAUUGAGCUUUGUGGGAUGAUAUUAGGUGGUAGAAUGGAAGGUGUGGUAGUAUAGGUUGUUGUUCAUAAGAAUGAGUUUUAGAUGGUUUAGGGAGGAUUGGGAUUAGGGAGGGUCGUGAAGGGGGAUUUAGUACCGAAGUAGGAUUGAUUGCCUUCUUGGCUUCUUCAGAGCAAGCCCCUUGCUCGAAAAUACAAUCUCCUGAUGGGGCACUGUAUCACCACCAUGAAAAUGGCUAGGGGUAUCUCUUGAGCUUAAUCUCGUUGGUGUUAUCCUUUGAAUUUGUAUAGUUGAGAAUGGAAACUCUAGGAGAUUUUGAAGAUGUGACCGCCAAGGUUAAGGCAGGUGAAGGAAUUGUGAAGAAUGGAGAUAAAGCUUUGAGAUAUGAGGAUGGAAAGAUUAGGUGGAGUAGUAGUGGAAGUACUCUAUGGAGUUUUAGUUUAAAGAGUGAUUCUGACAAUAUCCUACUAUACUCCAAAUAAAGACAAAAUUUUCAUCGGCUUCGAAAGAGACCUUCACGAUGAAAAUAGGAUGACCUCAAUUCCUGUCUCAGACCCCAGUGAGUGCUUUAGAACCUCUAUCUUUCUAAACAAGAGCAACGGGAGAUAUAUCCUAGGAAAUCCUAACUCAUGUAUGCUUAAGAAGAAACCUUACGGAUUCAGCUAUUCUAGAGAGCUAAGUGACGACACUCAGUUCAUUAUCGAGCUAUCUCCCUUUAUCAGUGAUGCUAUCUUGUCCUGGGAGUUGGUCACCCGCCAGCCUAAAGGAACAGUCCGAGAAGUUACGACUUCAAUCCAGUUUUCAAUUAAGGAACAGGAUGAAGUACGCUCUGAAACCAAUGGAAAAAUAACUAAAUAGCCAAGCUGAUUACUAUUCUAAGUCAAUCACCUCUGACUUAAAGACUCAUUUUAGUGCCUCUGUUAAGGCUGAAGCCAGCGGAGGCUUCUUCGGCUGGAAAGCAAAGGUUAGUGCAGGAUCUUAUUACUCUAAAGACACUCAUGAGCAUACCGAAGAAGAUACAGGCUAUACAACUGAAUGAGCAAUUGAAGAAGCUGUCAGUAGCCUGAAUUCUCAAAUUAGUGAGGUGUCCCAAAAAGAAGAGAAGAUAGUCAAGACCACUUAUAAUUUUCAUGAGUCUACAUGUCUGUGGCAGUUAGUUUUGAAAAGAAUCGACUUCUACGAAAAUGUCCACAAGGUUUCUUUUGAUAUUUUUGAGAUGAGCAAGAAACGCCCUACAGAGACUUGGGAACUAUUUGUCUAAUAAUUAUGAGAGAUUAUUUCAAUCA